UAUAUAUCUGGUACUGUGUUCUGUAUAUUCUGUCUGAAGUCUUCAUUAUGACAAAUGUGUUUAAAAUUAGACUAUUGAGUAGUUAUAGAAAAAUACUUGGGGUUGCGGUAUUAGAAACAGAAUGUGGUUUAUUUGAGUAUGACCUGAAGAAUUACAAGUUGACAUAAUGAAAAAUUGUACGUAGCUGUUUCUAACAAUCAGUCACUAGGCCAUCCAAUGGGUAAGUGCCUUUCCUGCUGCCCAGCUACUCAAUCUGUCAUCACCCAAGCCUGUGAUGAGAAGUUUUCUGACAUCAGUCGAAACGCUGAAGCUGUGGAGCAGCAGCCGGCAAUGAGCUCUGGCGAUUAUUGCCAUUGCGAAAAAGGACGCUAUGAUGCCCACGCUUCUUUGAAUAGCAAUGCAGAAUCAAAUGCAAACAGUAAAAACCUCAGUUUGACUGAAAAACUGAUUUUUCCUAUACUUAGUACAACAUGCAUUGAAAACAAACGCUCUAGUCAUUCCAAUAAAGAUUAUUCUGAAAGCAAAGUCAAUGCUUUCUAUGAACAAUACAGAGAUCCCAAUGAAAAUGCUAUUCUUGCUGAUGGUAUUGAAAGACUUUGCAGUGAUCUUGGUGUCCCACCAGAAGACUUCCGUGUGUUACUGCUUGCCUGGAAGUGUGAUGCAAAAUAUAUGUUCUAUUUCACCAAGGAAGAAUUUUUCACUGGUUGUCGAAAUAUGAAAGCUGACAGUUUGCAAGACAUUCAGGCAAAGUUCCCAGAAUUGGUGUCUGAAGUUCGUUGUCCAGAAAAGUUUAAAGACUUAUAUCAGUUUACUUUUAAGUUUGGUCUGGAACCAGAACAAAGAGUUUUGCAAUCGGAAAUGGCAAUUCAACUCUGGAAACUUGUGUUUUGCAAUAAUGAACCUCCAAUCCUCCAUCGAUGGCUGACUUUUCUCACUAAGCAUCCUAGCGUCCGGGGGAUUUCCAGAGACACUUGGAAUAUGUUUUUGAAUUUUGCUGAGUCUGUUGGUGAUGAUCUCAGCUCUUAUGAUGAUACUGCUGCUUGGCCAAGUCUGUUUGAUGACUUUGUUGAAUAUGAGAAUGACCAAACCAAUCAGAACACUGUCCCUAGUAAAGAAAAGGGCAUUUUAGAGACAUGAACAAUUAUGAGUAAUUGUACAAUUGUACUUAAUUCUGCCUUAAGGUAAAUAUUGUGAUAUAAUUGUGACGUGUUGUGAUCUUCGUGAUACAAUUUAUCCUUUAUGCUUUGUCACUUUUACAAUGGCCAUUGACAUUUAUUUAGUUUUAAAACACUUCUAAUUUUUCAAGCAGCUGCUAAUAUAUUUUUUAAAAGUGGAGCAAAUUUUUAAACUAGUUUUCCCUCCUCUUUCUUCCCUCCCCUUUUGUGUAAUUUGUAUGUUAAAAGCAUCUACUGCCAAGUCUGAGUGCCUUUAUUUUUGGAUUCUUAACUAUUAUGUUAUAAUUAGAUUGGGUAACUUUGUAAUAUGUGGUUUGUGUGCCCGGAGGCUACCUCUUUCUCUGGAUAAGUGUUUCUGCAGAGGAAAAUUCGUUUUGUUGUCAUUUCUCAUUAAAUUCAUAAUCCAGUCAUUAAACUUACCAUAUCAUGUAGAUAUGGUUCACUUAUUUUAUUGUAUGUGUGUAUUUUAUAUACUUUUUAAAAGUAAGUUUUUUGAUGGGCAAUAACAUAAGACUCAAUUUAAAAUGUACAUGUUAUAUUUGUUUGAUUAAGCAAUAUUAAUAUUGAGCUAUAAAAUUCGUGCACCAAUAAAUGGAUAAAAUUCUGAUCAGCAAGAUAAUAAUGAAUUAUUUAUUAAAAAUAAUUAACAGCUCUUUACUGCCUUUUUUCUUAGUAUUUUAGAUUUUCCAGUGGGAAUUUCAAUUAUCUGUUUAUAUGUUUCCAUGUUUAAUAUACAAAAUCGUUAAAUAAAUUAGUUUAAAAAAAUAUAUGUGGAACAUAUGUGUAAUAUGAUGAUUGAAAGCCUAUAAAAAAAGUGUAAAAGCAUAAGAAGUAACUCGAAUGACAAGUAUGUAAACAAGAGUAUGGAAAUUUGUAUCUGUCUUUUUUUCCCCAGCAUGAAUUGUAAUUGAAUAGAGGAAAUGCAAUGUCUCUGAUUUUAUUGCAUGUUUAUACUGAAUCGGAAUUUGAAAAUCACAAUUAUUCUAAAAAAUGUCAUUGUAUCCUUUAACCCUAUCCGUUGUUUAACUCAAACAUCAAUAUUGUUUUUAAUUGCAUGCAAGAACUAUUAAUUCCAAAUGAAAAAUUCCAGAACAUUAUUGAAAUAGAUGCAAUUGUAAAUGCUUCAAGUUAAUCACAACUUUCAGUGAUUUAUCAUAUAUCAAAUAAUGAAAUGCAUUGUAAUGAAACUCAUGUUAGUGUCUUUUGCUGUUUUCAGAUUGAAUUGAAUUUUUAGAAAAUAUCUGAAAAUUUCAAUUUUAUUGAAAAUGCUUUACUCUGUGUAUAGUUCUUUG